AUGAUGUCCCCGUACUGCUGUCGAGGUCUCAUGGAACUGGUAUUGCUGUUUUGGUUCUUCAUUGAGUACAUCACUCGGAUUUGGAGUGCUGGCUGCCGUCCACGGUACCAGACGUGGCGUGGGCGUUUGCGCUUCGCACGCCGCCCAUUCUGCAUAGUAGAUAUAGUUUUGAUCGUGGCUAGUGUGACUGUCCUGGCGGGCGACAACUCCAGUAGUGUGUACGCCGCGAGCGCUCUUCGUGGUCUUCGUUUUUUUCAAAUAUUGCGCAUGAUUCGAGUUGACAGGAGAGGCGGAUCUUUCAAACUUCUUGCCUCCGUUGUGUGGGCUCAUCGCCAGGAGUUAUUUACGACGAUGUACAUCGGAUUUCUGGCGCUCAUUUUUGGUUCAUUUCUCAUUUACCUGGCGGAGAAAAAGGAAAAUGCAAAAAUUCAGAGCUUCGCUGAUGCUCUAUGGUGGGGUAUUGUAACACUUUGUACUGUCGGUUAUGGAGACACGGUGCCGAAAACAUGGACGGGCAAGAUUAUUGCGGCCUUCUGUGCGCUUGCUGGUAUUUCCUUCUUUGCGCUUCCAGCCGGCAUAUUGGGGAGUGGAUUCGCCUUGAAGGUGCAGCAGCACCAGCGCCAGAAACAUCUAAUCCGAAGACGCGUGCCAGCAGCCACCCUGAUCCAGUGUAUGUGGCGCUGCUACGCAGCUGACAAGCAGUCCACUUCAGUUGCUACGUGGAAAAUCUACAGGCGGAGACCCAUUUUGGAGCCAGCACUUCAACAAACAGGCUCCGUUUCUGAACGAGGCGGCUUUGUCAGAUUCGGCCAGCAUCUCUCCUCCAUUAAACGCAAAGCUGAGAAACUCAAACUCGGCAGUAUGGACUCGGGAAACGGUCUGAAGUCGGCGCUGGCGCAGGCUAAUCUCACCUUCAUCUUGCCAACGUCACCGGAAGUCGAGAGAGAGCUCAAUCAUGUGAAAUCUUUCCAGUACGCCACGGCACGAUCUGCCUCGACUAGCCUCUUAAGGAAGACCAAAUCCGAGUACAAAAUAUGCGAAAACCGACGGAAAUUCUUGUCAGCUGGGCAAAAGGAUUCUCUCGGACCACCGGAAAAUAGUGACGGUGUUGUUACAGCCGAUUCAAGUGAUGCUCGUAGUGACAGUUCCUCGUCACGCGGCAGGGCCACCGAAGCGACCAGUCCGACAGGCGAGGGCCACAGUGGGAGUGGACCAAGUUACCCUGACAUCUGCCUUCCCCUCACGGAAACCGACAAGGUGGUCAUUCGAGCCAUUCGAAAGAUCCGACUCUACGUGGCAAGACGCAAGUUCCGCGAGGCACUGCGACCUUAUGACGUCAAGGACGUCAUUGAACAGUACUCAGCUGGCCAUUUGGACAUGGUGUCGAGGGUUAAGACGCUUCAAUCACGGCUAGACAUCAUUCUGGGACACCAAGGUGGCAAAUCACCGACGGCCUACACCUCGCACAUCAGUCUCGCAUCGCGUAUUGUGGGAAUCGAAUCAAAUCUAAAGCGUCUGGAUAAAAAGAUGGACAUGGUUCUUCAGCUAUGCCAAAAUCUCUCAAUCCAGCAAAAUCUUAAGGGUAGUCUUCCUCCUCCCGGUACACCUGUCCUUAAUCGUCGCAGACAACCACAACAUCGAAGUCGCGAAAAUUCCAGUCUCACAGUCAAGCUGUGGACACCCCCUUCUUCCUCUCUGGUUCAUUCACGAUCUCACGAAUCAGUGAAUGCUCAUCCCAAGUCCCUGGAAGUCGUUCGAUCUGAAUGGGUCCUACAUGAACACGACUCCCCAAAGAACAGCCUAUCUGCCUCCACUAGCAGCGAGACCGUCGUGCAGCCAAGUUCAUCCCUGAUUCCCGACUCUAUGAAUAGUUUACUGGAUUCGGCUAAACGACCAACUACCGCCGAAGGCCCCAACGAUACGGAGAUAUAG